GAGGCUCCGGGCUACCCCGAAGACGUUUUCCCGAGAGGCGCCGCUUGGGUGACUGAGCCCAGCCCUCCUCCAACUGUGCGGAGUGAGCGCCCUGGCGCCUGGCGCCUGGAGCCUGGCGCCGGCCACCUGAGCCGCGUGCGUGCCAGCGCAGAGGUCGCACUCGCGUCACCCCUGCGCCUGCAAAGGCUUCCCAGGAGCGCCGACUCCACGGACCCGCCGGCCCGCGCUCCGCCGGAGGCCCCCUGAACUCAAACUUCAGAUUGGAAGGGCCAGGGAGAGAACCCUGUCCCAGGCGAGGCCUGGGGCGACGCUCUCUCCUGUGGGACCCAAAACCGCGGCUUGGGUCUGAGAGCUCAGCAUUUGGGGUCGCGGGUGACGCGGGGUGCGCGGGAGCCGAGUUUCCAUUGCCUCAGGCAGGCUACACCCCCGGCUGGGUCAGGCUCCGCAAAGGGGUCGCGGGGGCAGAGGGGCGGAGCACGAGGCGAAGCCCGCGGGGAGCCCCACCCCGGCCGCGCUGGCUCCCUCCCCUCCUCUCCCUUCUCUUCCCCGCCCCUGCGGGGAUGGGGGUGUGGUCCCGAGAGCCUCCUGUGGCUUCCAGCUUUGCGCCUCGCUCCCGGGAGCGUUCGAACGCCGGCAGCCUGUUUCCCCGGGACACUUACCUGGCUGUGCGUCCCAGUCUCCUGCAGGCAGUCUGGCCGCCGGGAACGCUCCGAGCAAGCCCUCGACUGCGCGACUCUGUCCGGGGGCCGCUCUCAGCACCCCUUGUUGCAGCCGCGGAUCCGGGUGGGCAGCAUGCGGGACUACGACGAGGUGACCACCUUCCUGGGCGAGUGGGGGCCCUUCCAGCGCCUCAUCUUCUUCCUGCUCAGCGCCAGCAUCAUCCCCAACGGCUUCAAUGGAAUGUCUGUCGUGUUCCUGGCCGCCGUCCCGGAGCACCGCUGCCGGGUGCCGGACACCGCGAACCUGAGCCGCGCGUGGCGCAACCACAGUAUCCCGCUGCGGCUGCUGGACGGCCGCGAGGUGCCUCACAGCUGCCGGCGCUACCGGCUAGCGGCGAUCGCCAACUUCUCGGCGCUCGGGCUGGAGCCGGGGCGCGAUGUGGACCUGGAGCAGCUGGAGCAGGAGAGCUGCGUGGAUGGCUGGGAGUUCAGCCAGGACAUCUACCUGUCCACCAUCGUGACCGAGUGGAGUCUAGUGUGUGAGGAUGAUUGGAAGACACCCCUCACCUCCUCCCUGUUCUUCGUGGGCGUGCUCCUUGGCUCCUUCGUGUCUGGGCAGCUAUCUGACAGGUUUGGCAGGAAGAGCAUCCUCUUCGCAACCAUGGCUGUGCAGACUGGCUUCAGCUUCCUGCAGAUUUUCUCCAUCAACUGGGAGAUGUUCACUGUGUUAUUUGUCAUCGUCGGCAUGGGCCAGAUCUCCAACUAUGUGGUGGCCUUCAUUCUAGGAACUGAAAUUCUUGGCAAGUCAGUUCGUAUUAUAUUCUCUACGUUAGGAGUGUGCACAUUUUUUGCAGUUGGCUACAUGCUGCUACCCCUGUUUGCUUACUUCAUCAGAGACUGGCGGAUGCUGCUGCUGGCGCUGACGGUGCCGGGGGUGCUGUGCCUCCCGCUGUGGUGGUUUAUUCCCGAAUCUCCCCGGUGGUUGAUAUCCCAGAGAAGAUUUUCAGAGGCUGAAAGUAUCAUCCAAAAAGCUGCAAAAAUGAACAACAUAGCUGCCCCAAGGGUGAUUUUUGAUCCUAUGGAGCUACAGGAACUAAAACUCCCUGGUCAGCAGAAAGUUCUCAUUCUGGACCUGUUCAGGACUCGGAAUAUUGCCACAAUAACCAUUAUGUCCUUGCUCCUGUGGAUGCUAACCUCAGUGGGUUACUUUGCUCUGUCUCUCAACGCUCCUAAUUUACAUGGAGAUGCCUACCUGAACUGUUUCCUUUCUGCCUUGAUUGAGGUUCCAGCUUACAUUACAGCCUGGCUGCUGCUUCGAAAGCUGCCUCGGCGUUACAUCAUCGCCGGCGUACUGUUCUUGGGAGGAGGUGUGCUUCUCUUAAUUCAGUUCGUACCCGCAGAUUACAACUUCUUGUCCAUUGGUCUGGUGAUGUUAGGGAAGUUCGGGAUCACCUCUGCUUUCUCCAUGCUGUAUGUCUUCACCGCAGAGCUUUACCCCACCCCGGUCAGGAACAUGGCCGUGGGGGUCACAUCCAUGGCCUCCAGAGUGGGCAGCAUCAUUGCUCCCUACUUUGUUUACCUCGGUGCUUACAACAGAGUUCUGCCCUACAUUGUCAUGGGUAGCCUGACUGUCUUCAUUGGAAUCAUCACCCUUUUCUUCCCUGAAAGUUUUGGAAUGACUCUACCUGAGACCUUAGAGCAGAUGGAGAAAGUGAAAGGGUUUAUUAUAAAGAAUGCACAUGAACAGUCAAAUGAAGAGUUACAAAGGGUGAAGUCCAGAAGGGUCCAGAGUGCAAGAGCUUCUGUCCCCAUGCAUUUGGGGAACACCACCAUCCUCACACAUGGAUGUGUUCACUAAUUCAGAAGCUCUCUGAACCUCAAUGUUCGGGGGUUUUAUGGAGGUUUUAUCAUCUUGGCAUGAUCCAUAACUAAUCCAACCUCUAGCCCCUGACCCCUCCUUGGAGGUUGGAAGGUGGAGCUGAAAGUUCCAGGCUUCUAAUCAAGGCCUGAUCUUUCUGGCAACCAGCCUCCAUCCUGAAGCUAUCAAGGGGCCCUCCAAGAGUUGCCUAAUUAGAACAAAACACAAGAUGCUCCUAUGCCCCCAUCAACCAGGAAAUGACAAAAGAUUUAGGAGCUUUGUGUCAGGAACAGGGGACAAAAAUCAAAUAUCUUUCUACAGUAUCAUAGAUUGGCAAACAAUUAAAGAUGAGUGGAUUUAUAGAAGUUGAGAUUCUAGAGUGAAACUGCCUGGCUUCAAAUCCCAAAUCUAGAGCGUGAAUUUGGGGAAAUUACUUAAUUUUCACUAAACCUUGGGAUUCACAUCUAUUAUAUGGAAAUAGUUCAUAUGACUAUCUUGAAGUUCUAUAAGAUAACACGUCUUUAGUGCCUGGCCAUGAAGAACAUAACUAUGUAUGAGUGGAUGAUUCUGAUCUCUGACAGAACAUGUAUAACAAAGUGUGCCCCCCAAAUUGUUUUCUUCUAAUGAUAUAACUAUUUCAACAUUAACUUUAAAAUGCUGAGAAGUCAUGUUUACCAUUCCAUCCUUUCCUUAGGGAAACUGUAGAAUUAGAGAAUACAAGCUCUAGACCCCUGAGCUAUUAUUAGAGUUAUAUUCAUUGACUGGAUAAAUGUUUUUCUUUUUUCUUUAUUUCUUUUUUUUUUUUUCAGUGUUGGACAAAAGUUUUUCAAUGUCAGUCUGGCAUUAUGAAGAGGGGAAUCUUGAAUAUUAAAUUUUCUUUAACCCUUAUUUUAUUUUCAGGUUCAGGUUUAGGAAAAAACCAAGAGAUUCGGUGCAGAAGGAAGAAAAUCCCAAAGUUCUAAUAACUUCGUUCUGAUACGAUCUCCACCACCAUUUGGUGACCUGAAAACUAAAUGCAUCAAACUCUGUGAGAAAACCAAAGCCUUUCCUAAGGAACUGGACCAAGCCUAAAGAUGAACACUAAGAUGACUCUGCUUUUCAAAUACUUGUCAUAGAGCACACGCUGGGCCACUCUUCAGAUGAUCUUCUUGUUUUAAAAACCAUUUCCAGAGAGUUUACCAUCCUGAUGAAUUCGAUGAAAUGGGUUCAUAAGAUUUUUUGAAAAUCUUAUGGUCAAGGACUGGUAAAUCCAUACAAAUAUUGACACUCAUUUUCAAACAUACAAAUACUAUUCAAAUAAAAAGAAUGUCAUUGUAUUAACGCAACU